UUUUAUUCCCUGAAGGCUCACUACUUAUGCCUCAUAUGCUUUCUGAGACAGUUAUUUAUUCAGUUGGGAGAGAAAAACCUUUUCCCUACUGUUUUUCUUAUUUGGAAUACAAGUUCAACAUACUUUUACCAUAUCUGAGUAGAAGAAAUUUCUAUCCUCCUCUGUAAUCACGUUCCUGAUUUUCCACUUAAUUUCAAUUAGUUUACUUGUAAUCACUUGUAAUCUGAUCUCUACCACUAUGUCUCACCAAAAAGAACGCCAAAAUACUAUCAUGUUGAAUCUUCGGUAACCACUUCAGAGUAAUGGGGUCCUGUUGUUACUGCUUUCUGUUUUAACUCUUGUAACAAGACGACACCCUUUAUUUCCCACUAGCAGUUUUUCCCCAACCCUUUUUAUACUAGAAUUAAGGACUUGAUGCCUUCAUUGCCUGUAAUCUAGGUAUUUUGCUUCCAUUUCCCUUUAUGGUGUUUCAACCGCAUAACAACAGAGACUUCCCUUGAGCCUUACACAGAUGAUCGGAGCCCGAGCAGAGCCAUGCGGACACACAGGUACGGCACAACAGAGUUAUUCAGUGGAUGAUGAGGAGGAUCUUCUCUCCAGUCUGGAGAUUACUGUGCCACGUGACUUAGCAGAUGGGUUUGUCAAUAAUAAACGAGAGACCUACAAGUUCAAAUUUCAGAAAAUUUUUGAUCAAGAGGCAAAACAAGAUGUGAUUUUUGACAGCAUUGCCAAACCAGUAGCAGAAUGUGUUUUGGCUGGAUAUAAUGGUACUAUCUUUGCAUAUGGUCAGACAGGCAGUGGCAAAACUUUUACCAUCACAGGAGGAGCAGAACGUUACAGUGAUCGAGGCAUUAUUCCCAGGACUCUAUCUUAUAUUUUUGAUCAACUGCAGAAGGACAGCAGUAAAGUGUAUACAACUCAUGUUUCCUACUUAGAAAUCUACAAUGAAUGUGGUUAUGAUCUUCUGGACCCAAGGCAUGAGGCCUCCAGAUUGGAAGAUUUGCCAAAAGUGACAAUAAUGGAAGACUCUGAUCAAAACAUUCAUCUGAAAAACUUGUCUCUUCAGCAAGCAACCAAUGAAGAGGAAGCCUUAAACCUACUCUUCUUGGGAGACACCAACAGAAUGAUUGCUGAGACACCAAUGAAUCAAGCCUCAAGCCGAUCUCACUGCAUUUUCACUAUUCACGUCUCCAGCAAGGAACCUGGAUCUGCAACUAUCAGACGCUCCAAGUUGCACUUAGUAGACCUUGCUGGAUCAGAACGUGUUGCAAAGACUGGAGUUGGAGGUCACUUGCUGACAGAAGCCAAGUAUAUCAACCUGUCAUUACAUUAUUUGGAACAGGUAAUAAUUGCCCUUGCAGAGAAAAACCGGUCCCACAUUCCUUAUCGAAACUCUAUGAUGACCUCAGUGCUAAGAGACAGCCUGGGAGGAAACUGCAUGACUACCAUGAUAGCAACACUCUCUAUAGACAAAAGAAACAUAGAUGAAUCUAUAUCAACCUGCAGAUUUGCACAGCGAGUUGCUCUUAUUAAGAAUGAAGCAGUUCUUAAUGAAGAAAUUGACCCCAGAUUGAUGAUUGUCCAGCUGAAAAAGGAAAUCCAGGAUUUGAAGGAUGAGUUGGAGCUGGUGACUGGCAAGCAAAGAACAUCAGAGCUUUCACAAGAAGAGCUGCUUCAGUUGGAUGAGUUAAUUGAAACAUUUCUCAAAGAUAAUGAUCCUGAUAGCACUCUGGAUGUUGGUGCUGACAUGCGCAAGAUCAAGUAUUGCUUCAUUCAUAUGAAGCAACUAAUGAAUCAUUCCACAACUUCUGAUAAAAAACUGCUCUCACAAAACAUCUCUGAAGAAGAAGACACUAACAUAGAAUCAGGAGAAGAACUGGAAAAACUUAAAGACCUUCUGCAGCAAAGAGACAAUGAAAUCAAUAUUCUGGUAAAUAUGCUAAAAAAAGAAAAAAAGAAAGCACAAGAUGCUCUUUUCCAGCUUAAUGCCAGCUCUACUUGUUCUACAGUCUUGGAGCAGUCUCUCUCUAUAAACUUGGAAGAUAGGCAGAGCCCGUCUAGCUGUUUUAGUCUGAAAGGGGCAAAAGAUUUCAGCUCUUCUGUUCACAGACUACCUCUUCUUUCUAGACAAACAGGAGGAAAGAUGUCACUUGGAUGUCAGGAAGCUUUUGAAGUUUUCAAGCGGGACCAUGCUGACAGUAUAACCAUUGAGGACAACAAACAGCUUCUGAAACAGAGGUUUGCUGAAGUUAAAUGCCUUGGAGAAAAGCUAAAUGAAGUGAGAAGUAAAAUAAACCGUCUGAAAGGAGAGAUAACCCAGAGGCACAUUCAGAGAGCAGCUCUAGCUGUUUCAAGUCCUUCUGAAGAGUUAAAUAUGUUUGAUCCAGUAGAAGAGAAACUUAGAAUGCAAAUUGAAGAAGAAAAAAAAAGUUAUAAAACAAUGUUCAAUCGCUUCAAAGGGCUGAAGGUAGAGAUUGAGCACCUACAGCUCCUUAUGGAAAAAGUAAAGAUGAAGAUGCAAAAAGACUUUGAAGUCUGGUGGUCUGAAGAGGCAAAAAAUUUACAGCAGGAAAAGCCAGAGAUGGUUACAUCACCAAAUACUGUGACUGUUUAUCCCCAGUUUAUCAAAUCCUUGCAGCAUCUAUCAACUAACAGUUUUUCAGAGACCACAAGAGUCAGCCCUAAUGAAGAUCCAGCCGGGAAAAACAAUUCCAUCACUUUUAGUAAUCCGACUUUAAAAACAAGGACCCCACAAAGUUCAAGUACAUCUAUUCCUCUGACUGGAGACAGCCAGGCUGAUGCUGACAUCCUAGCUUUCAUUAGAGCAAGACAGAGGAUCCUGCAAAAGAAAGGCUUGGAAAACAAAUGAAAUUCUUGUCACAGUCCACUAUUUCCUUUUAGAAACAGUGAAAGACCUUUAUUCUUUCCCUUCCUGUUCUGUUUAGAAACAGGUACAAGUAAGUACUUUAGACGUACAGGUUUAAUUGUUAAAGGCAUAUAAAUGAUUUGUCUUUGACAGCAAAAUCCAUUUCUCUGGCAAUAGAUUUUUGAGUAUUUGCACUCACUAUCUUCAUCUUGCAUUAAGAUUAAGCAAAGCUGAAACAACUAAUCAGGAGUUCGCCAAAUAUGUUUGUUUGCGGCAAUUCAUUGUAUGUUUUCUAAAUGUUAAAAUUAUCUAAUGUGUUAAUGCUAUUCUACACCUUUAAUCUGGGAAAUUUAUUACUACUGAUAGUUUUGUUUGCAUCAAUUUGUAUAAGGCUUUAUUAAUUCCACCUAUUUGCCAUUAAGAGAUAUCUAUUCAAUAAUAGUAGUUAUCUGGGUUAUAAAAUUCUAUAGAAUUUCAUUUGAGGCUUUUUUUUUCUCCAAGGAAUAGAUGUUUUCAUAUCAGAUUAUUAGAAUACUGAGGUUGUCUUGUAAUAUAAAAAAAUGUAUUUUAGAAAGUAAUUUUCCCAACUGUUUUCUUUUUAUUUGAAUGCAUUAAGUGUUGUGCAAAAUAUAUACCCUCCCAGAAUAUACAGGUUUCAGAAGAAACAAUUACACUUAAGAGGCUUAAAAUAGAACUGAGCAAAUACUUCUAAAACACAAAUGAGAUGUGAAAGUUUAAAUGCAGUUAUAUCUUAUAUACAAUGUAAGUUCACUAUUGGCUCAGUACUACUUUAUUGAAUAAUAUCUGGGUAUGUAACAACUUAUUUUACACAUCAGACCAAAAUCAAAAAAUGCAAUGCAAAAUACAGUCUAUUUCUCUGAGAUAUGCUUACUAUCAGAUUGAAAAUAUAAUUUUUCAUGCUAGUGAUAAUCUUAUAGUCAUGCAUUUGGAAGGAUUUGGGUUGUUUAUAUAAAAAUAAAGGAAUAUAUUGACAGAAGUCACAUAUUCUUAAGGAUGUAUAUUUCUUUAAGUUGUUGAUACUUAAUUCUGUGUCAAAUUCCUAAUUAUACAGAGGUACAUGGUGAAUUGCUAUGUUCAAACCUACAGAAGAUAUACAUUUAUCUAAUUAACAACUAAUAUGCAAUCAAUUUUAAAAAAAUAAAUUUAUACCUUUUUUGCCUUUUAAUUUUCUAUAAAAGUCAGCACAGCUACCACAUAAAUUGGUAAUCUUUAUGCAGGAUUUAGUAUGUACAAGGUGAGAUAAAAGUCAAGUCUACUCUUGCUUUGGAAAGAGAGAGUUCCAGGAUUUGGUCAGAGGUGGAAAAAUGGCUGCUUUGUUGGAGAUUAUAUUAAAAUGUCCCUCUUCCAGAAUUUUUAUCUGUCUUUCUUCUUCUCACUCUGUUAUAUAUAAACACUGCAUUAAAUAUACACUGAGUUAUUGUUUAUGCAGCUUCUGAGGAGAGCAGGGCCACUGACUCUGCUAGCUGGAGAAGAGCCAGAGGUUCCAAAACAUUGCUGCGUGAAGCAACUGUCUUUUUUGGUUUCCAGUAGAAUUCCUGUUGUGGUGAAUUUAUAUGAAGGUGGCCAAAAGAGAAUCACCGGUACAAAAACUCCUCCCUUUUGACAUUGAAGCAUUUCCAAUAGCUUUAAGUAACUGGUUAAGAGGAUACCAGUGCAACCCUGGUAUCUAUGUGAUGCUGCUAUUACUUGAUGAUUCAGUGUUCUGUUCUCAGUUUGCCUCACAUCUCUCUCACAGAGAGAAAAAAUUCCUUGCUCUUCUGUUUCAAAAUUCUCUAGCCUGUUUUUACAUGGUUGUAGAUUUGGUGUGAAAUUCAAUCAUUGUCAACAAAGUAGUCCUUGAUUGGCAAAAUAGUCUGUGAGUAAGAUUAUACCAAACACUUAAGAACCUGGACAAAAGUGCAGCCAGUAAUAGAAAACCAUAUAAAUAUAUAAAACCAUAUAUACAAAUACAAAGCUUUCUUACUUCUUUGAAAAAUUUCAUAAUAUCAUAUGGAAAGAAAAGAUUGCUCAUUCAGUAAACAACAGUCUUCAGACAUAAAGCAUUCUCUUUUUAAAGAAACUGCCUCCACUUUUCAAAAGUUGCCUCUUGGGUUUAUAGGAAAAGUCAGGUUGGAAAGGACCUCAGCAGGCCUUUAAUCCCACCUCUUCCUCAAAACAGCAUCAGCUAUGAGAUCAAACCAAGAUGCUGAGGGCUUUGUUCAAUGUGGUCUUGAAAACCUCCAAGGAUGGAGACUGCAUAACCUUUCUAAGCAGUCCAUUCCAAUGUUUGACUGUCCUCAUCAUGAAAACAUUUUCCCUUAUGUCCAGCCUGAACUUUUCUUUUUUGCCCAUUAUCUCUCUUCCUCUCGCAAGCCACACUGUCAAAAGCCUGGCUCCGGCUUCUUAAUGUCUUUUUCACAGGUGUGAGAAGGCUACUGGGGCACUUCUCUAAGUCUACUUGGCUUCAUGAAAGCAUUUAUUGCUUCAAAAAGUUUAGUUGGCCAUAGGUGAACAAAGUUGCUUGUUCUAAUAAUCUUUCUUCAUAUAAUUUCAAGAUUAAUUUGAAAUAACCCAAGUAUUUACCACAUUGAAGAAACAAUCAGAGGCCCACAUUUAUACUGGUAUUGACUCCUCCCUAAGCCACAUGUAAAACAGUAUUGCUAAGCAUGGAAAUUCUCAUACAUAUCUAAUUCCUGUCAAUUCACCAUGAUAUCUAGUUGCAUUUGGUUUAAUGUUCAUAUGGUAAAUACCAUUUUUUUAUCAUCUGCAAUCAGAAUAAAUCUUCUUUUUUUGGUGGAGAUUUCUGGAGGAAGUAGCUGUAGAGUACUAGAUAUCAUAUAGAUAUAUCUGGGAUUAAUUGAUACCACACACUGUGGAUCAUCUUGUAUUUCAACACAUUUCCAAUCUUCUACAUGGUUUAUUUCAGAAAAAGAUACACAUCCUCUGGUCUCCUACAGCAAUGUAGCUUCUGGAAGGGUCAGGGUGUGACCUAGACUUACAAUAAAGGUCAAAGGCUCUAUUCUCAUUUAUGCUGAAUCUGCCAGGGCUCUAUACACAGUCUGGAACAGUAUUAGGAAACCCUUAAGAUAACAAGCUCUUGGCUUGGGCACUUUACCACUUCCUGGCCGCUGCAGCUUUCCAGAGAGCAUCAAAAAGAAAAUUACAUAACCGUAAGUUGAAUUUCUCUUGCUUGGAAGAUGGACAUGCCUAACUCAAUCUUCUUCUAUCACUCCUGCACUUUUUAAGAAAGAGGCUUUGAAAUGGAAUAAUGAGGUUCACAUGUGUGACAGUGUAAGCAUGUAAUGUAAUAUACACUUACCUAGUUUUAAUCAAUCACAGGAUGCAAGUAUUUUAUGUCAAUAGUAUAAACUGAGAACACUUCAACAUAAUAAAAUGUUAAGAUCUUGUAAA